CCGGAAGUAAGCGAUGUAAAGUGUUAAACGUAGUUGUUGUCGAGUAGUUAGUUCGGUGGGUAACUCUUUACCACAACAAAAGUUCAUUUUCAAGUCGAGAUUCUCAAAAUGGGCACGUCGGCGAGUCAACUUGGGAAGGAUUUGCUCUCAGAAUAUCAAGAGCUGACAUUCUUGACAAAACAAGAAAUUCUUCUUGCUCACAAGAGAUUCACUGAACUGCUCACAAAAGAUGAGAAAGACCAUCAUAAUACCAGAGUACCUAUGGAGAGGAUUCUCACUCUGCCAGAGCUCAAGUCCAACCCUUUCAGGAAAAGAAUCUGUCAUGUAUUCUCAACAUCUGAACAGAAAGAUGGAAGCCUCACAUUUGAGGACUUUCUGGAUCUCUUGAGUGCCUUCAGUGACUCCGCUACUCUGGAAAUCAAAUCCCAUUAUGCAUUCCGUAUAUUUGACUUUGAUGAUGAUGGAACUCUUGAUUGUGGUGAUCUGGAGAAGCUGGUUAACUGCCUGACUGGUGAGACAACUGACACAAGACUAACGACUGAAGAAAUGAGACAGCUCAUCAACAAUAUUCUUGAAGAGUCAGACAUCGACAAGGAUGGAACCGUGAACCUCUCAGAGUUUCAGCAUGUCAUUUCAAGGUCGCCAGAUUUUGUCAGCUCUUUCAAGAUUGUCCUGUGAAGACCUCUAGAAAGUUGUGGAACUGCAUCAAAUCUUAAACUCUCAUAUGGUGUUUAAUUUUUAAUAGAACACUUUUAGAUAUUUGCCUUAAAUUAUAAUUAACUGUGGAUUUUACUGCCUUAACUCUUUUAUGCAAUGUCUGUGAAAUAUAAAACCUGUAAUUUUUUUAUUUCCAUAAAGAAAAUUAAAAUUAUUUUCAAAAACUA